UCAGGAUCACUGAGUGAUGAUCCAGGUUCAUGGCUUGAUUCUGUAUUAGCUGUUAUUGAGAAUACUACUAUGAAUCCACAACAACGACGAGAUUUUGUGGCAGAACGACUAGCUGGCAAAGCACAAGCAUGGUAUCGUCGACAUCGUUUACGAAUUCCUGAUAUACAUGCAUUCAUUAACGAAUUUAUUGAUACACUCAUGCCACUACCAGUAACACGAGAUACAUUCGAAGCAACACCAAUAUUGACAAAUGAAAUGAUAACAUCCAACAUUAAUAUUGUCAAAAUUUGA